GGACACAGUAUUCAAGGUGAGGCCUCACCAGUGCCGAGUACACCUUUAUUAUUCAAAGUGAAAAAUCAGGGAAUUUGCCCUUCCCCUGACCUGCAUUUCCUCAGAGAGACGUGAACCCAUGGGCCCUGCCUGGGUUUGCCUACUACAGUCCAUCGUUCCCUUCCCUGACCGUAACAACACCAGUCUCCUGUCAGCAAGGUUAGGCAAACAGCCGCUGAUAAAAUGACUUCCAGGUUGCUUUUUCCAAGGCCGCUGAACGCAGGGCGCAGACGAGUGCCCUCUCUGUGUGUGUGUGUGUGUGUGUGAACCCUCUGGCAGUGACACCUGCCCGAUGACAGCGCGGGGGCCUUGGUGCCAUGGUACAGGCCGGGUUAAUGACUUUGUUUAUACUGUUUGGGUAAUCCUGAUAAGGCUGCCCAACCCGCUGUCCCCCCUCCCCGCGCCACCGGCGCUUCAUUGAGAAAACGGCCGUUGACGCCACGCGGAGAACUCUUUGGCCCCAGCCAAUCAGUCCCAGGACGCCUGCUUUGGUGUUUUUUUUUUUUCUUUUAUAAUGAGGACCGCUUAAUCACAGAGCGGUCAAGGCUGUGGAGGGGUGUUUCACUGGUGGCCCAGCUUUAUAAGAGCUGGUUUGAGCAGCUGUGGGCUGGCAGAGCUGAGAGGACAAGGAGAAUCCAGCUUGCGCCGGAGGCUUUGGGAGGGUUUUUUACAUCUCUCAACUGUAGCAGGAGCUGAGUUUUGCCGUGGAUCCGGCAACCCGGCUCAGUUAUGACCACCAGUGGCAUGGACAUGGACUGUGAGAGGUGCCAGUGCCACAGGGAAGACAAACAGACCGCCAUCCUCUACACCCUCCUCAGCCAGAACCUCAACCACAGCCGGGGUGGCCGCAGCCCAGCCCAGCAGCGCUGCCUCUGCCACCAGCGCCGCACCGUCUGCCUCCGCACACCCCAGCUCACCUGCCGGGCGGCCUCCGACGUGCUGGUAAAAACCAUCAACUUUGUGAAAAGCCUCCAUUCCUUCUACCUGCUGCCUCGAGAGGAUCAACUCCUGCUGCUGGACAGCUGCUGGGUUCCCCUCUUCCUCCUGGGGCUGGCCCAGGAAAUGGUGACCUUCGAGGUGAUGGAGACCCCAGCCCCCAGCAUGCUCAAGAAGAUCCUCCUCGAUGGCCAAAGCAAUGGGCUGGAGCCUGAGAGGACGCAGCCCACGCUGGCUGCUGUGCAGCGGCUGCAGUGCUGCCUGAACACCUUUUGGAGCCUGGAUCUGAGCCCCAAUGAAUACGCCUACUUGAGGGGAGCCAUUCUCUUCAAUCCUGACAUCCCCGGGCUGAGGGCCUUCCUGUACAUCAAGAGCCUCCAGCGGGAAGCCCAGAGAGCUCUUGAGGAGGUCCUUCAACCCUUGCACCCCGUGGACCAGGGCCGCUUUGCCCACAUUUUGCUCAUCUCCUCCACCUUAAAAUCGAUCCCUCCUUCCCUCGUCACGGAUCUCUUCUUCCGACCCAUCAUCGGCGACGCAGACAUCAUGGAGCUCAUCGCGGAAAUGCUGGAGGAGAUAACCAGCAGGCAGCUGGCUCCAGUGGCACGUGUGGCCUGCUGAGCAGCCACGCUGGGCCACCAGCCCCCUGGGUGCUCCUCACGCUUUGCCGGGGCAGCAGAGCAAAUCUGGGAGCAGGGAUUUAGCCAGACAGACGCUCUGGACUCGGCGGGGAACUGCACAAUUCAGCCAGGAGAAAGGGCUCUGGUUCAGCAGAUGUUUACAGCAGCUCCUGCUCCUCCUGUGCCGGUCUCCAUUUCAGGGAGCCCAUAUGUGGGUUUUUCUUUCCCUGUUCUGGGGAAAAUCUGAGGGAUUUUCUUUCCCUGUUCACAGCCAGAGCGGCUCAGCCACCUGCAACCAGACCCCAGAGCAGGUCAGGUUAGAGCCCGGUCCUGGUUUUUACUCAAUGAAUCCUUGGUCCCAUUUAAAUCAACGUGCAUUUUGCUGUUAACUCCAAGAGAUGAGGUUUGUCCUCAGCUAACAGCUCGAUUCCGCGGUGUUUUGGGCACGGCGAGUAGCCUGUCUUCAGCGGGAUCGCUUUCCCGAUGCCAACAUUAUGGAAUUAGCUCCAGGUGAAGUCUUGCUCUUGUUCUAUUGUGCUUGAAAUCUCUAGAAAUAUUGAUGAAGGAUCUUCUUCAGGCACCAAGAGGGGAAAAAAACAGAGUAUGAAAUUUUACAGGGAGUGUGCAGAUUCACCCCCCCCUACCUUUCCUCAGAUUGUGUCUUUUCUCCGUAAUGCCAUGAAAUACACCAACAGAACUGCUCACAGGGCAGAGCCCCUAAACCUCUCGCCCAUCACCUUGGGCUGGGGGGCUCACCUCGUUUGUGCUACGAUAAUUAAAACCCUCGAGCUGUGAACGCUGUGGAAACAAGGCGUUUAAGUGGUAGAACCAAACGUGUCCCCCCCCUUCGAGUGACAGCCUGGAAAGCUGGCCCCUCCUGCCCACAGCUUCUGCAACAAGUUAAAUGUCAGUAUUUUCUAAGCCAAUGUUCUUGUGGUUUGUAUAUAAG